AUGAGAUCUUUGCGAACUCGUGGAAUGACCAGUUUUACUGUGGAUUAUUUGCUUUGGCAUCACUUCGGAAAUCAUGUGGCGCUCAACCCACUGGAUAUGGUUCGUCGAUAUCGCGCAUAUUUCCAGCGUAUACCGAACCCGAAAAAUCUUGCGGCCUUCAUCGAAACUUAUUUGAAAACACCGAUUGCUUUCUCGCGUGAUGGUUUGAUGGGCCCGAAAAUAAAUGUACCCGUUCUACAGAUUGUCGGCUCAAAUUCGCCAUUUGUGGAGAGCUCAGUGGACGUUAACUCGCGACUGAAUCCGGCUGACUCGGAGUGGCUUAAGUCAGGAUUUGACGCAGGCGAUGCUGGUGAUGAUCCGAUAACGGUUCUGGAAAGUAUCAGUGAGACGAAUUCAUGA